AUGAUUCAUGUCCAAUCCCCGAGGCGUGUUAUCAAGCUGCUGAAAGCAGGCCCUCCGGAUUGCAGUUCCAAAGGGUCCCUUCCCAGGGAAGACGCCUGCAAAACCCAGAUAGUAGUAUCCUGGAGUCACGCGGCCGCGCGCAGCCUCCUACCCGCCCCCACCCGCCCGGCUCGGCCACCGCGGGGCGGAGCGCGGGGCUGAGCAGGCGCGAGGGCUGGCUGCUGGGCCGACGAGGGGCGGUGCCAGGCCGCGGGUCCUUAGUCAAGUGACGCGAAGCGGCCGGCCUGGGCGCCGACUGCAGAGCCUGGAGGCUGGUGGUCAUGCAGGGGUUCCUGGUUCACAUCCUCCCUCUGCUGCUGGCUCUGCUGCUUCUGGGCCCUACGCGCGGCUUUCGCAAUGCCACCCAGAGGAUGUUUGAAAUUGACUAUAGCCGGGACUGCUUCCUCAAGGAUGGUCAGCCAUUUCGCUACAUCUCAGGAAGCAUUCACUACUCCCGCGUGCCCCGCUUCUACUGGAAGGACCGGCUGCUGAAGAUGAAGAUGGCUGGGCUGAACGCCAUCCAGACGUAUGUGCCUUGGAACUUUCAUGAGCCCUGGCCAGGACAGUACCAGUUUUCUGAGGACCAUGAUGUGGAAUAUUUUCUUCGGCUGGCUCAUGAGCUGGGACUGCUGGUUAUCCUGAGGCCCGGGCCCUACAUCUGUGCAGAGUGGGAAAUGGGAGGAUUACCUGCUUGGCUGCUAGAGAAAGAGUCUAUUCUUCUCCGCUCUUCUGACCCAGAUUACCUGGCAGCUGUGGACAAGUGGUUGGGAGUCCUUCUGCCCAAGAUGAAGCCUCUCCUCUAUCAGAAUGGAGGGCCAGUUAUAACAGUGCAGGUUGAAAAUGAAUAUGGCAGCUACUUUGCCUGUGAUUUUGACUACCUGCGCUUCCUGCAGAAGCGCUUUCGCCACCAUCUGGGGGAUGAUGUGGUUCUGUUCACCACUGAUGGAGCACAUAAAACAUUCCUGGAAUGUGGGGCCCUGCAGGGCCUCUACACCACGGUGGACUUUGGAACAGGCAGCAACAUCACAGAUGCUUUCCUAAGCCAGAGGAAGUGUGAGCCCAAAGGACCCUUGAUCAAUUCUGAAUUCUAUACUGGCUGGCUAGACCACUGGGGCCAACCUCACUCCACAAUCAAGACCGAAGCAGUGGCUUCCUCCCUCUAUGAUAUACUUGCCCGUGGGGCAAGUGUGAACUUGUACAUGUUUAUAGGUGGGACCAAUUUUGCCUAUUGGAAUGGGGCCAACUCACCCUAUGCAGCACAGCCCACCAGCUACGACUAUGAUGCCCCACUGAGUGAGGCUGGGGACCUCACUGAGAAGUAUUUUGCUCUGCGAAACAUUAUCCAGAAGUUUGAAAAAGUACCAGAAGGUCCUAUCCCUCCAUCUACACCAAAGUUUGCAUAUGGAAAGGUCGCUCUGGAAAAGUUAAAGACAGUGGGAGCAGCUCUGGACAUUCUGUGUCCCUCUGGGCCCAUCAAAAGCCUUUAUCCCUUGACAUUUAUCCAGGUGAAACAGCAUUAUGGGUUUGUGCUAUACCGGACAACACUUCCUCAAGAUUGCAGCAACCCAGCACCUCUCUCUUCACCACUCAAUGGAGUCCACGAUCGAGCAUAUGUUGCUGUAGAUGGGAUCCCCCAGGGAGUCCUUGAGCGAAACAAUGUGAUCACUCUGAACAUAACAGGGAAAGCUGGAGCCACUCUGGACCUUCUGGUAGAGAACAUGGGACGUGUGAACUAUGGCGCAUAUAUCAACGAUUUUAAGGGUUUGGUUUCUAACCUGACCCUCAGUUCCAAUAUCCUCACGGACUGGAUGAUCUUUCCACUGGACACUGAGGAUGCAGUGCGCAGCCACCUGGGGCGCUGGGGACACCGUGACAGUGGCCACCAUGAUGAAGCCUGGGCCCACAGCUCAUCCAACUACACGCUCCCGUCCUUUUAUGUGGGGAACUUCUCCAUUCCCAGUGGGAUCCCAGACUUGCCCCAGGACACCUUUAUCCAGUUUCCUGGAUGGACCAAGGGCCAGGUCUGGAUUAAUGGCUUUAACCUUGGCCGCUAUUGGCCAGCCCGGGGCCCUCAGUUGACCUUGUUUGUGCCCCAGCACAUCCUGAUGACCUCGGCCCCAAACACCAUCACCGUGCUGGAACUGGAGCGGGCACCCUGCAGCAGUGAUGAUCCAGAACUGUGUGCUGUGAAGUUCGUGGACAGGCCAGUUAUUGGCUCAUCUGUGACCUACGAUCAUCCCUCCAAACCUGUUGUAAAAAGACUCAUGCCCCCACCCCCCCAAAAAAACAAAGACUCAUGGCUGGACCAUGUAUGAUGAUGAAAGCCUGUGUCUUUGAGGGAUUCUACCCUGAACAUACCUCACAGAUCCUCCCUGUCAUGUCACAUUUCACUGAUCGGAAUGUGGAAAUGGAAAAGGAAUUUAGGAUGUGCAUUUUCACCCGAGGUUUCCCUGCAUCCCUGCAGUGCCAAAGCCCCACCUUCAGGGACCACCUGGAAUGUGUGAGGGGCUGACAGCACAGUAACAUGCGUACAUAUCUGCAGGGCUGGAAUGGAAGCUUUAAAGGUGGUAGUGAUUUUUAUUUUGGAAGAAUCAUGUUGCCUUUUUGUUAAAUAAAAUUUGUACUCAAAUGA